ACAAGAGUUGACCGUGGCACUCACGGGGCAGCUUUCCAUGCCUCUGGGAACCUUUCUGGAUCUCCUGACACAUGAAGAAAAUGGAAACAGGGGCCUGGGCCUGGAGGGCCCGGGCACAGGUGUUUCUUCUCUGUGUUGCCCUGGGUGGUCUCGGUCUGCCUGGCUCCAGAAGUGAAAGGUUGUGUCCCCUUGAAUCAAGUACAGUCAACAGGAGUCUUGCUAAGAGCAGACAGAUGCGGAGUGUGGAUGUCCCCCUGAUGCCUAUUGAUUGUGAACUGUCCAGCUGGUCCUCCUGGACUGCCUGUGAUCCCUGUCAGAAGAAAAGGUACAGGCAUGCCUACCUCGUCCAGCCUGCUCAGUUCGGUGGGGAGCCGUGUGACUUCUCUGACAAGGAGGUUGAAGACUGUGUUACCAGCAGACCAUGCAGAAGUCAAGUGCGAUGCGAGGGCUUCGUGUGUGCGCAGACUGGGAGGUGUGUCAACCGCAGACUUCUUUGCAAUGGGGACAAUGACUGUGGAGACCAGUCAGAUGAGGCAAACUGUAGAAGAAUUUAUAAAAAAUGUCAGCAUGAAAUGGACCAGUAUUGGGCAAUUGACAGUCUGGCCAGUGGGAUAAAUUUGUUCACACACAGUUUGGAGGGCCCCAUUCUCGAUCACAGGUAUUAUGCUGGUGGCUGCUCCCCACACUAUAUCUUGAACACCAAGUUUAGGAAGCCCUACAACGUGGAAAGCUACACCCCCCAGACCCAAGGCAAAUACGAAUUUGCACUCACAGAAUAUGAAUCCUAUUCAGAUUUUGAGCACAAUGUCGCAGAGAAUGAAACUAGCAAAUCUAGUUUCAGCUUUGGUUUCAAAAUACCUGGCAUAUUUGAACUUGGCAUUAACGAGCAAAGUAAUCAAGGCAAAAAUUUUAUUAGCAGAAUCAAACGAUUCUCUCAUACGAAAAGUAAGUUUCUGCACGCGCGCUCUGACCUUGAAGGAGCACAUUACAAGCUGAAAUCCAGAAACCUCAUGCUCCAUCAUGAAUUCCUUCAGAGAGUCAAGCUCCUGCCCCUGGAGUACAGCUACGGGGAAUACAGAGAUCUCUUCCGCGACUUUGGGACCCACUACAUCACAGAGGCCGUGCUCGGGGGCAUUUAUGAAUACACGCUCAUUAUGAACCAAGAGGCCAUGGAGAGAGCAGAUUAUUCUCUUAACGAUGUCCAUACCUGUACCAAAGAAAAUUUCCAAGUUGGUGGUUCCAUCAAAGGAAUCUAUCUCAAGCUCGGUGUGUCAGAAAAUAAAUGCAGGGGCAUUCUGAAUGAAAUCAAAGACAGAAACAAGAGAAGCACCAUGGUGGAGGACUUGGUGGUCCUCGUACGAGGAGGGGCAAGUGAGCACAUCACUACCCUGGCCUACAAGGAGCUGCCAACCGCCGAACUGAUGCAGGAGUGGGGAGACGCCGUGCAGUACAACCCAGCCAUCACAAAGAUCAAGGCGGAGCCUCUGUAUGAGCUGGUGACAGCCACAGAUUUUGCCUAUUCCAGCACAGUGAGGCAGAACAUGAAGAAGGCUCUGGAGGAGUUCCAGAGGGAAGUCAGCUCCUGCCACUGUGCUCCCUGCCAAGGGAAUGGAGUCCCUGUCCUGAAAGGUUCACGCUGUGACUGCAUCUGUCCUCUGGGUUUCCAAGGCCCAGCCUGUGAGGUCACCUUGAGGAAAGAUGUCCCCAUCGACGGGCGGUGGAGUUGCUGGUCCCAGUGGUCUUCCUGCUCUGGGGGACAUAAAACAAGGCACAGGCAGUGUAACAACCCAGUGCCUCAACGGGGGGGCAGCCCCUGUUCAGGCCCAGCUUCAGAAACACUCAGCUGUUAGGGGAGGGAGCACAGCUAUUUGACAGCCCUGCUAUGGGCUUCCUACUGUGUGUGCUCUGGGCCUCAGCACGCAAAGGCUCACCCCACACCGGCCUGCCUGAAGGCAGAAGGCAGGACCAUCCAGGGCUUAUGGUAAAAAGUUGAUUUGUAAAAUGUAUUUAUGGAUUUCAAUAAAUAGUGAGUUUAAGCAGAAAUCACCCCUCCCUGAAAACAUCCUUGUAAACCUCACUUUGCCUACCCUGUAAUUAUGACCAGCUGGGAACUGUGCUGAGAGUUGUUUACCCCAAAGCCCCACCAUCUAGCAGUGACUGGCACAUAGUAGGGACCUAAAAAUUAAUCAGUGAAUGGCUAUUAAGUUGUUCUUGCCUUCACAAAUCCACAGUCUUGUUUAUUGGAUGCUACUGUAUGUCAGCCCCUGACUCAGGGUAUUGAUUUAGUCCAUCCUCAUAAGGCAGAUGCUAGCAUUAGGCAGCUGGGGAAACUGAGGCUUAGAACAGUCCAUGACUUCUCCAAGUUUCCUUAGUUAGAAGCAGCAGACUUGGGCUGCAGGCUCCGACUCUAACAUUUAAAUUCUUCAGGAUGAUGCUCUCCUAUUUCUCAGUGGAUGAUCAUCUGGCUAACAAGAACUUUCCAUGAAAUAAAAAAAAAAGGAAAAUGCAA